AUGCGCGUGUCUUGGCUUCCUCUUUUGGGUUUACCCCUUAUCCCCUCAGUAUUGGCUGCUCCCAACACCGGAUCAGUCGAUAGUUUCUUACAAUCUAUCGACGUAAACGCAAACUCGGUACCUGCGAGCUUCAAGAGCCGGAGCGGUAUCGACUUCACCUGCGCCGUCCUCUCCAUUCUCGGCAACAACGGUAGCAAUGUCGGUAACGAGACUCAAUACGUCGCUCGCUCUAACAGCGAUCUUUACACUCAGGAGGCACACGCUCAUUGGUCGGCAACGGCAUGGAAGUCUCCUUCUUGCAUCUACGCACCUAACAACCUCCGAGAUCUAAGACGCGCCGUUCUUCUCGCCGGAUUCACAAACACCAAAUUUGCCGUCCGCAGCGGUGGUCACUCGCCUCUUUCCAACUGGGCUAGCAUCGACGGUAGCCUGCUGAUUUCUAUGACUAACAUUAACGAUCUGGAAUACGAUGAAGCUACUCAAACCCAGCGAUCUGGAAUGGGCAACCGCUGGGGCGCCGUCUACGGACAUCUUGUUCCUUACGGACGAAUCGUUGUCGGUGGCCGUCUAAACGUGGUCGGACUUGGCUUGGCCACGGGAGGCGGUCUCUCUCACUUCUCAAACGAAUGGGGAUGGGUUGGUCAGAACGUUGUUGCAUACGAAGUCAUGCUUUCGAACGGUUCUCAUGUUAAGGCCAGCGCUACCGAGAACCCUGACCUAUACUAUGCCAUCAAGGCCGGAUCCAACAACUUCGGUAUUAUCACUCACAUCGUCCAGCGCACUUACCCCAUGGGCAAGGUCUGGGGUGGUCUCAUGCAGUUUCCUGGUAACUAUUCGAAGCAGUUCAUGGCUGCUAUGGCUGAAUACCAGGCUAAGGGUCAAUUUGACACCAAGUCUGCUAUCCUCCCUUACGUCGGCAUCAACAACGACACCAUCAUCGCUACCUUUGUAUACUUGGAUGGUGUAGUCCGCCCUGAUGCUUUCAAGCCUUUCUUCGAUAUCCCCAUCGUCGCAGACUAUACCCAGGUUUUCGACAACUUCUACCAGUUUGCCCAAGUCGACCUCCCCUACGCGGUACCUAGGUGGACUUACGCUGCUACGACUCUAGCCUUUGACAGCAACAGCAAGGAGACCUACGAAGGAUUGAUCGACGUGUUCUCUCAAUUCAAGUCGCGCAUCCAGAAGGUUACCGGUGGUUCCUUUGCCCCCAUGGUUCAGCCCAUCUCCAAGAGCAUGGUCGACAAGUCGCGAGCUCUUGGCGAGGACCCCAUGAACGUGGAGGCUAAGGCGCAACUAUGGAUCGGCAUCAACAUUGGUUGGUCAUUGGAGAAGGACGAUGCAGCUGUCUACAAGAUCCUCCAGGACAGUUUGGCGGCAGUAGAGAGCUACACCAAGGCCCGCAAGGUUCACAUGCCUCUCGUCUUCCUAAACGACGCUUGGGCCGGACAGAAGCCCUUCGUCAGCUACGGGCAGCAGUCCCACAACAAGCUCAAGGCCGCCAGCAAGAAGUACGACAGAAGCCAGAUGUUCCAGCGUCUGGUCACGGGCGGAUUCAAGCUAUAG